AUGGGCCAACUAGAUACAUCUUUGAGUAGGAGAGAUGAGGGUAAGUUGCCAAGUCAGUCUCUAGUGAACCCUAAGGGCCAAUAUAGGGUAGAAUGUGAGCUAGUUGCUGGUCCUUCAUCGUAUCAUAAGCAACCUCAAGCUAUGACCAUUCUUCGGAGUGGUGGGGAGGUAAACAAUAGGCCUAAGGAGAGGUUAGACCAAGAGAAGGGUAGUGAGAAGAUGGCGGAAGAGUCCAAUGCUAAACUAAGUAAUCCUUCUUUCUCCAAUAUAGUAAUUGAUACUACGAUUCCUACCCCUUCCAAUGAUGGAGCACUUCCCCAUUAUGUUCCUACAGUGCCAUACCCUACAACCCUUCAUGUACCCUCAAAAUCUAAGAAGGAAACCAAUACUGAGUCCAUCAUGGAUACAUUCAGGCAAGUCAAGGUCAAUAUUCCUCUCUUAGAUGCUAUCAAGCAAGUGCCUACGUAUACCAAGUUCCUCAAGGACUUGUGCACACGAAAACGCAAGUCGAGGGUGCACAUAAACAAGCAAGUGAGGCUGGCCGAGAAUGUGAGUUCAAUUCUUUUUGGUCACAUUCAUCCAAAACAAAAAAACUUUUGUGUUGCCACCAACUCGUAUGCAAUCAACGAUUACACCAUCAAUAGGGCUCUUUUAGAUUUGGGAGCGAGUGUGAACCUACUUCCUUACUCAAUUUUCAAACAAUUCAAUUUAAGAGAGCUGAAGCCCACCCUUGUCACCUUGAGUUUCACCAACCGAUUAGUGAAAAGGCCCCAGGGUGUGAUAGAGGAAAUUUUGGUUAAAUUUGAAGAGUUCUAUUACCUUGCUGACUUCAUUGUCUUAGAUAUGGAACCUACUGACCUAACCAAGGAUCCGAUCCCUGUUCUAUUAAGAUGA